CACCGAGCUUUCGCCACCUACGAUUUUUCCCUUCUCGAAUCUGACCGAGCUUUUACAAUGGAAAAUUUUCAAACAAUGACCCCAGCUGCAGUGAGUUGUUGGGUCAAUAGAAUUGUCCAGAUCAGGCGAUGGGGACAUUGCGUAAGUUUUCAUUCGUCAAAGGCGCCGCCGGAAGAAGAAAGUAGUGAUUGCUACUAUUUUCCAAGGGACGUGUUCUGUUCCAUCUCGCUGAAUCCGUAUCGUUGCAUCAUUUAAUCUAGAGGAAUCCUGCGGUUUCUGUGGAAGAUUUCUAAGGUAAUAUGCUUUUUGGAGGUUGGCUGCGCGGAAAUUGGUUAAUAUUUGAUUGCCAAACGGCGCCGUGAAUGGUUAUCUAUUUUAAACGCCUUAGAUUCAUCGGUCUAUAUAUAGCGAUUGGUGGUGCAGCUGGCGUUCUGACUGCUCAAUCUUUGUUUGGUCUAGAGAAAGUAGGUCAAGGACAAGAUGUUUAUCAAUGGGAACGCGAAGAAUGAAACAGAUUAUUCUGAAUUCGUUGCAGAUGCUCAUAAGAACUUGGUCAAGUUGGAUCUUGGGAAGCUCCCACAACUGGCCUGGGAAAGAAAAUUAACUGAUGAGGGAAAGGGUGUUAUAGAAUUUUCUAUGACCGCAAUGGAGAAGCUCAAUUUUGGCCCGAUGGUUUUGAAAUUGUGUCAUAACUACAUCAAAGAAACUUUGAAGGGACAGUUUGCCAAUUAUAAUCCCUUUAAGAAGUGGGAGGCUGCAUCUUCCUUGGGCGUUCCGUUAGGUGGCAUUGGCGCAGGAAGCAUUGGAAGAAGUUACAAAGGGUAUUUUCAACAUUGGCAAUUGUUUCCUGAAAUUUGUGAAGAAAGCCCUGUCCUAGCAAAUCAGUUUUCUGUUUUCAUUUCACGUCCUGGUGGCAAGAGGUAUUCUACUGUAUUGUCUCCAAGAAGUGCACAAAUUCCUAGUGGGAGUAGAAAUCCUGGCAUUGAAUCUUGGGAUUGGAACCUCAAUGGAAAAAAUUGCACUUACCAUGCUUUAUAUCCAAGAUCAUGGACUGUCUAUGAUGGUGAACCUGACCCUGACCUCAAAAUAACGUGUCGGCAGAUUUCACCAGUCAUACCCCAUAAUUAUCAACAAAGUAGCUAUCCUGUUGCAGUUUUUACAUUCACUUUAUGCAAUUCGGGAAAAACACCUGCAGAUGUCACUUUACUUUUUACAUGGGCUAACUCUGUAGGCGGGAGCUCUGAAUUUUCUGGGAAUCAUUCCAACUCCAGAAUGAUUCUACGAGAUAACAUCCAUGGAGUGCUUUUACACCACAGAACUGCAAAUGAACAACCUCCAGUGACAUUCGCUUUAGGUUGUCAAGAGACAUCUGAUGUUCAUGUUUCAGAAUGUCCUUUCUUCAUAAUAUCUGGAAAUGCGCCAGGAUUUACUGCGAGGGAUAUGUGGGAUGAAAUUAUAAAGCAUGGAUCCUUUGAUGAGCUAAAUGGAAAUGAAAUACCAGCACUUUCAGCUCGUGGAUCAUCCAUUGGAGCUGCUGUUGCAGCUUCAGUGAGUGUUCCUGCCCAAGCAGUUCGGAGAGUUACGUUUGCGUUGUCAUGGGCUUGUCCCCUAAUAAAGUUUACCAAUGGAAGAACUCAUCAAAGGCGCUACACCAACUUUUAUGGUUCUGGUGAAGAUGCUGCUGCGAAUCUUGUGCAUGAUGCCAUUAUAGAACAUGGAAUUUGGGAGGCACAGAUUGAAGAUUGGCAAACCCCCAUAUUGCAGGACAAGAAUCUUCCUUCCUGGUACCCUCCUACUCUUUUCAAUCAACUCUACUAUCUAAAUGCUGGUGGCGCAAUUUGGACUGAUGGACUGCCUUCCAUUCAAAACCUAGUCAGCAUUGAAGAAAGAAAAUUCUAUCUUGACCCUUCAAGCUUAAAUCAGAAUGUCAAGACUAAUCCUUUAGUAAGCAACACCGCCGCUGGUAUUCUCACCAAAAUGACUUCAUUGAUGGAGGUUCCACACUCUCAUAUUGCACCAAAACCUGCCUUGGGAACAUCACUGCUUCUCGAGGGAGAAGAAAAUGUUGGCCAAUUCUUGUAUCUUGAAGGAAGCGAAUAUCAUAUGUUCAACACUUACGACGUUCAUUUUUACUCGUCUUUUGCUCUCCUCAUGCUAUUCCCAAAACUCGAGUUAAGCAUCCAAAGAGACUUCGCUAUGGCAGUGCUGAUACACGACCCCGAGAACAUUAAACCCAUUUUCGGUCACGAAAAGGCUCCGCGAAAGGUUUUUGGAGCGGUUCCUCAUGAUCUCGGACAAAACGAUCCAUGGUUUGAGAUAAAUUCUUAUAACCUCCAUGACUCGAAUAGAUGGAAAGAUCUUAAUCCUAAAUUCGUUCUUCAAGUUUAUAGAGAUGCGGUGGCUACGGGCGAUGUAUCUUUUGCACAUGCUGUGUGGCCUUCUGUUUAUGUUGCUAUGGCUUAUAUGGAUCAAUUUGACAAAGAUGGAGAUGGAAUGAUUGAGAAUGAUGGAAGUCCUGAUCAAACAUAUGAUAUGUGGCCGGCUUUGGGUGUGAGUGCAUAUACUGGAGGGCUUUGGGUGGCGGCUUUACAGGCCGCUUCAGGCUUGGCUCGUUUAGUUGGUGAUGAGGCUUCUGAAGAGUUCUUCUGGAAUAGAUAUUUGAAGGCAAAAGCAGUCUAUGGAAAAUUGUGGAAUGGUUCUUAUUUCAAUUAUGACGACAGCGUAAGUGGAGACUCAGCUAUUCAUGCUGACCAAUUGGCAGGACAAUGGUUUGCCAGAGCAUCUGGUCUUCAGCCUAUAGUUGAUGGAGAGAAAGCCAGAAGUGCACUUGAAAUGAUUUAUGAAUUCAAUGUUCUAAAAGUGAAGAAUGGUAAGAUGGGAGUUAUGAAUGGAGUAAGAACAGAUGGUGAAAUUGGAUCAUUAGGAUUGCAGGCAAAAGAAAUAUGGGCUGGAGUUACUUUUGCUGUUGCUGCUGCUAUGAUCCAAGAAGGCAUGCCAGAGAAGGCAUUCAAAAGUGCACAAGGGAUAUAUGAAUCUUCUUGGUCUUCUGAAGGAUUUGGAUAUGCUUUCCGAAUACCUGAAGCAUUGAAUGUUCAAGGGGAGUACAGGUCACUAAGCUACAUGCGUCCAUUAGCCAUAUGGGCCAUGCAAUGGGCUUUGUCUCCGCCAAAGCUUCUUAAACUGAAGCCCAGGUCUGAUGAUAAGCAGUUUGAUCCUUCUCUCAGCAGCAAAGAGUUCUCAAAAAUUGCAAAUCUUCUCAAGUUUCCAGUAGAGAAACCAACUCCCACUCUUUUUUCAGUCUUUCUCGACAUUUUUCAUCAGCUUAUGAGAAAAAAUUAGGUGAGGGGCUGU